AUGACGAUAUACUCACUCUGCGGUCCUGAAUCGAUCGGCCCCUUCAGCACAACCACCUUGACGGACAAGUCCUCGUACUCGACAUUUUUCAGAACCAUCCCGAACGACAAUCUCCAGGCACCGGCCAUCUUGGCCUUUGUGCGGUCCCGCGGAUGGUCCAACAUCCUGUUGAUGAUUGCCGGUUGCGGCGACGAGCCUGUGACGAGCCUGCGACGGGCCUGCGACCAGUGGCAGCGAUACAUGGCAGCCGCCAGACACAUUGCAUUCGUGGUGAUGGCCAGAUGCACACUCACAUACAUCGACAUGCAGAUCACCGUCCAGGCCAUCGGAACAUACAACGCCCCGAUCACAGCUCAAGGCGACGGGAUAUCAAAUCAUUGUCUUUGUCGGGUCGACACUGACCUGAUUCUGUAUCUCGAGCGAGCAGCAAUCUAUGACUUUGUUGGUCCGAGAUACACCUAUAUUGGAUCCGAUGCGACCUACUCGAUUUCCAACACCUUGACCAGCGUGACCCCAUACAACACAACCGCAAACAUGCAGCUGGCUUCGGGGUUGGUUUCGAUCAUGCCUCAAGAGGUUGGAACAACUCUCAACACUCGCGCUCAGUCAAUCUACAACCGUUUUGUGGCGGCCCACGGCAACAUUGCACCUCGACCGGGAAUGUUCUUCACAUACGACUGUGUCCUUGGGAUGGCAUACGCCAUCAAACAGCUCCUCGCAAACGGAAACACCACCGUCGCAGCAAUUGCAAGCCGAAGCUUCCCGAUGGCCGUCACGUCGGUGCUGACUCCGUUCGUUGGCUCAACCGGCCAGGUGACAUUCUCGGCAGGCGAGCGCAUCGGAAACUACAUUGUCGGCAACUACAUCUUCAACGCUUCGGCGAUGAGCCUUGUGUCUGUGGUCAGCCAGAACCUCAGUGUGACCGACAUCCAGCCGGUGAUCUAUCCGUCAGGACUGACCGUGCCGUCGACCGACCACAUCGUCCUCCCUGAGGUGUAUAUUGCGUACACCGACCCGGCUCCGAUCGUCCUGAUAAUCAUCUACAUGAUUGCCAUGUCGCCUCCGUUCCUCCAGAUCAUCAGCCUCGGACUCGUCCUGCUGUGGCUGACGGUCUUUGGCUUCACAGGAAAAAUGUCGGCUGUCAGCUGUCAGCUCCAGAACUGGUUCGGAUGGCUCGGCUUCUCGAUUAUCACGGGCAGCCAGCUGGUCAAGGCAUAUCGAAUCUGGGUGAUCUUUGACAAUCAGAAGCUCAAGAUGAUUCUGCUCAGCAACGUCACUCUCUUCACCUACACAGCCGUUAUCGUGGCUGUUAACCUGAUUCUAUUGAUUGUAUGGGCCAUCCUUGAUCCCCCGGUUCCCGUCCUUAUCACCGUCAAUGAAGCCUAUCAGUAUUACGAUUGUUCAUCCUCCAGAUUCUCGGGAUUCAUACUCUCAAGAGCAAUCGUUGCCUAUAACAUUACACUCCAGUUCGCUGUCCUACUCUUUGCAUACAAGACCCAAAACGUCGACAGCGUCUACCGUGAGAGCAAGUGGAUGACCUACACCUCGCUCUUCAACAUCCUCUGUGGAGCCAUCGCCUUUAUAGUGAUCUGGACUGGGAACGGGACGCUCAGUAGCAAUUUCUUCCUCAAGUCCAUCCUCAUGCUGUUGGCUAUUUUCUUGAAUCUUUAUUGCCAUGUUGGGCGGCUUAUCCUCACGUCGAGCACGGUGUGGGGAAAGCACAUGGAAAACGACCAUGAAGGAUCGGCAGUGACCGGCAAGACCACCCACUCCCGCACGGACACAUUCGUGGAUGUUGUCGUCAAGGAAGAAGGCAACCUAUUUUCCACCUGGGAGGCGCGACGUUUGAUCAUUUCCAAUGACCAGACCAACGUUUCCAUCGACCAUCCGGAAUCUCCCAAAAAGAAGGUGGCCAUUGAAAGGCCGGGCAUUUGCGCCAGAAUCAGGAACUGCAGCAUUGAGGAUGCUCCGGGCGACCAGCUGAUAUUCUCUACCGGCCACGGAGGACGGACCUAUGUCAUUGAGUUCCAAACAAGCGAGGAUAAGGAGAAGCUUCUGUGUUUGCAGGAACUUGCGACGUAUCGACUCAAGAACUCCAAGAGCAUCAAGAGAACAGUGGAAGCAUGA